AUGGCUAACGGAUACUCUCGUCUGCCCGGCGAACUGAACGCUAUACCCAAGAGCCGGAACAGAUCACAGACCACCGUCGGUCUGCCUCCAACCCCAUCGCCGCAGAAGAAACGCGCCUCCUCUUACUAUCCUCCUCGCAGCUCGGACUUCCAAGACGAGAACAACCCUGACCCAUUCUACCUCGAACACUCCCUGUCCAACACUACCGGCAGCUGGGGAUCUUGCCAACAGGGCCUCCGCAAUGCGAGAGCCGGUGAAGAUAUCCAACAGUACUUUAUGUUAUCCGUUGUGAAAGCUGAGCCGGUCGUUAAAGCUACCGAGCAACUCUCCUUUCUAUCCAAACAGGCACGGGAUCGUGCUGUUCACAGCACGCAUCCUUACGCUUUUACACCCUUGAACCGGUCUCAAGUAACCCUAGCUACCGAGCCAUCUUCUCCAGAACGCGAUACCAAGUCUCAACGCUCGUUACCAAACGCGUCUUCGGAAACCGUUAUCAUGCCUCCAAGGAGCCAUGAAGCUUCGUCCCUCCGUGGGAAGCCCCUUCCAUCCUUGCCAGCCGCUCCACGCCCCAGUACUGCACAUCCAUCCAAGAAGCAGCCACCUAGUCGACUGGCAAUCGAGCCUUCUAUGAUAUCCCCUCCCAGUCUUAUUAAUCCAGUCACCCUGGAACCUCACCGGACGCAUUUCGAUCAAGCCUUAUUCAUUCCCGCCAAUGAAUGCCCUAGCCCAGUGCCUAGUCCGGGACCACCAUCACCCUCGGUAGAUCGUCCACCAACAGUGCCCUCAACAAGAGAAAGGCCUUCAACUUCCACGUCUGAAAUGUACCCUGAGCAGUCUGUCUGGGAAUCUGACUCCGACAACGAGGACGGAGACCCCAGGUCCUUGUCUCGGAAGCCGAUGGAUACCUUGAAGAAAGUUCGUAGCCGGGUGCAGUUACGGGUUGCGAAGUCGAACCCUAAGCUGCAAAACAACCCAGCUCAAGUGAAUAAUGCGGCCUUGGAAAAGUCUUCAACCAUACCAGACCACCUUCCACAUGAACGUUGUCCAAGUUCUAUGAAGACUGCUGUCCAAACUCGGAGUGGACGAGAUAUCCUGCGGCCAACAGCCCACCAAACUCUCCGCCUCGUUGCCCCAUCGACUACCUCUCUGGUGAAUCCUAGAUCCCGACGCAACAGCGCCAAAUCACAGACCUACGGUAUCGACCGUUCAACGGCAGCAGCAGCAAUACAAGCGAAAUCCCGUCGGCGCCAGCGGUCGACCAGCCCAGAAACUUCCAUGCCUGCAGAACGCGAGAAGAUGUGCACCUUCUGCCGUGAAGAGCGGUCAGACAAAACCAUCCAUCAAAGCCUAACUCUAUCUCGCCCGCCGCUAUAUAAGCGCCUCUGGGAAUCCUUAAGAGUCCUCGGCUGCCACGGCGAUAUCACGCCUCCCCGGCCUCGCAAGGGGUUGUAA